UGUAUAAACAAUUUACAUGUCCUGUUACUUUGAAAUGUAUACACUUGUGUCAAAGAUCAUUUAAUGUUUUUCAAUUUUUGCAGAUCUAUUUUCCUUUUAAGAAAAUCACCUACAAUGUCGGAUUUACUACUUAUAUUGAGUGUGUUGUGCAGUCUUUUACUUUCACCUUUGGUAUCUGGUCAUGGGCGUUUAAUGGAUCCACCUGCUCGCAAUGCAAUGUGGCGUUUUGGUUAUCCGAAUCCUGUAAAUUAUAAUGAUAACGAAUUAUUUUGUGGAGGUUAUGCAGUGCAAUGGGAAAAGAAUCAAGGAAAAUGUGGUGUUUGUGGUGAUGCAUUUCACUUGAGAACUCCGCGACCACAUGAAGCUGGUGGAGAAUAUGCCAAAGGAAUCAUAUCAAGAUAUUAUACAUCUGGCCAGGAAAUUGAUGUUGAAGUUGAGUUGACUGCAAAUCAUUAUGGUCGUUUUGAAAUGUACUUAUGUCCGAAUAACAAUCCUCGCAAAGAAGCAAAUCAGGAGUGCUUCGAUCGUUAUCCUCUUUAUAUAUCGGGUAGUCGAGAACAUCGCUUCCUUAUACCGCGUGAUACCAAAAAGAAGGACAUUUUCCGUUAUCGAGUACGUCUGCCAUCCUACAUCACAUGCACGCAAUGUGUUUUACAAUGGACUUAUUAUACCGCUAAUAUGUGGGGCACAUGUUCCAACGGUACAGAAGCUGUAGGUUGUGGUAAAGCAGAAACUUUCCGUAACUGUGCGGAUAUAGCAAUAGUUUCCAAUACCGGCGGUGGUCUCCCUCCUCUAUUCGUCAACAAUAGAAAUCCAUAUUUAUUGUACUAUAGAGAUUAUAGAGCCCCAGAGGACAAAAAUGUCUUCCCUUUAAUUGUGAGGGAUCAAAAGUGUAUUGCCUCAAAUGCCUUCCGUACUCUACCUGGAAUGGAUCAGUGGUGUGAAACGAACUGCCUGCGUUAUCCACCGAAUUGUCCACAAACAGCAUGUCAUUGUCCAAAUGAAUGUGUUGCCAUUGGUGAGCUAGAAGGAAAAGAAGGAGCUGAUACAUAUUGUAUGGAUGCAUGCCUUAAUUAUGGAUCGGAAUGCCCAAUUGAUAAAUGUCGUUGCUUUUAAAUCUACUAGAAAACAUGUACUUUUUAUAAAAUUUUUUAAAACAAAUUAACAGUAUCUAUAAAUACAUAACAAAUUACAGCUGUGCUUGGAACUCUGUGCCCGCUAAAAUUAAAUAAAUGAAUUAAAGAAAAUAA